AUGUCCGAGGAAGUAGGAAACACAAUGGCAGAGAUGGCGAGGCAGUUGUGGACUCUGACCCUAAGCGAAACGGCAUCCGAUUCCACACUGACGUCUAUGCAGCUGUUCGGACUCGGGGCUCUUAUUUUGUUUAUGUUCCUGAUUGCUACGCUGGUUAGGUCUAACAGCCUUGUUGGUUUGGCGGUUAGAAAGUCUAUUCUCGGCGACGCGGUGGUUAGACUCGGAGAUAAUCUGAAUGACGUCACAAGAAGAAUCACGAACGGCAUCGCCAAAGCUACGUCGAGCAGGGACCGAACGAAGCGGGGCAUAAACUACCGAACAGCAAGACGAUAAAGGUGGAAAUCCUUGUUUUCUUCUGGGGAUAAUAACCCUUAUGAUACCUCCCAUCCGUGGACAA